CUCACAAUCGUUUAUUCGAAAUGGUCAAUCAUUAACGUGAACUGACAAACAUGGCUAUAGUUAGCAAUAUACCUCUCAGCCAGUCAAUUGUCCAGUUGAGCAAACUCAAGGAAAACAGCUGAAUGAAGGGGUCGACACAUCCACAUAACACCAUGACGAAAUCAAGGGCUGUGUUCAGGGACGUGAUCGUUCUAGGGGCCGGCUGGUCGGGUCUCUUGGCGUGUAAAUGCAUGUUAGAGGAAGGAUUAACUGUUCUGGCACUAGAAAAGCGCUCUGACGUGGGCGGGCUGUGGUGCUACACUGCAGAUUCAGAUGUGAUUACCGUCAUGCUGGGCACGAAGGCCACCUCUUCUUCGUCCGUGACUGAGAUGUCCGACUUUCCGAUGCCCAAGGAGAUUGGCCAAUUUCCAAAGCACGAAGAUGUACUCAAGUAUUUGAAAUCUUACUGUGAUGCCUUUCAUUUAUGGCCGCAUAUUCGCCUUCAUCAUUGCGUAACGAAAGUGACGAAAGACGGCGAACUUUGGCGAGUGAAGUGCAAGAAUGGCCGACGGUACACGAGCAAGUUUCUGAUUGUCUGUACUGGAAGCGUUCAGAAGCCCAAUCGCGAUCUUCAACAUUCGAUACUCAAAGACUUUGUCGGAGAAAUUCGCCAUAGCUCCGAGCUAAAGUCAUUUGUUCCCGGACAUGCUAAUAAACGCGUAAUGCUGAUUGGUGGAGGAGAAACGGCAAGUGACGUCGUGGAGGAAUGGUAUGACCACGUGUCACGCCUUAUUUGGUGUAUUCCACGAGGGAUGCAUUUCUUCCGGAAGUUCGCCAAAAUUCUUCCUCAUCGUCAUCCUCAAGCUUUGGAUAAAGCUUCCUCUAGAGUCAUGAAGUUUAUAGCUCCCUACACGAGGAGCAAACCAGGUUUGUCAUGGAUCUGCAAAUGGACCACGAACGGUUCUCUUCUUGCCUACCAAGGGCAUGGUAUUGCUGAGUGGAAAAAUGAUGCUAAAUUCUUUCGCUUCUUCAUCAACAAAAACGGCCACGUGUUGGAUAAAGUGGAUUACCAACGUUGCAUUCCUAAGGGAGCCAUCAACAGCAUUAAAGGAAAGAAAAUCACGUUUAAUGACGGCACUGAAGAAGUUGUUGAUGUCAUCAUCCAAUGCACAGGGUACAAAGUAGAAUUCCCCCUCCUUCCUGAAGAAAUCCGUAACGUGCCUCUUGUGGAUAACUACAAAUUCAUCUUUAACAACGAAGACCCAACAUUGGCAUUUGUUGGUUACGUUCGUCCUGUUGUCGGCUCGAUCUCGGGAAUAACGGAAAUUCAGUCGCGUUUUGUCGGAAAAGUGUUCUCAGGAAAGUGUGGUCUUCCAUCUAGAGAGCAACGUCACCAGGAAGCUAUGAAGGACAAGGAAUUCUGGGACAACUUCUUCAAAGACUCCUCCCGAAGACUGGCUACCUUGGUAGAUGGGUACACCUAUAUUGAUGACAUCGGUAGCUUGUGCGGAAUAAAGCCGGACUACUGGGGGCUGCUGUGGCGUAAUCCUCAUGGCUGGCUGUUGGCUUUAUUCGCACCGUUCAGUGGAUGCUCGUUUCGUCUUAAUGAACCAGAAAGUGAAGCUGGAGCUUUGGAACAUUUGAGGGAGCACAUGAGUGACACCCUGAGUCCCACACACUUGCUGUUGAUAGCGUUCCUACGCUUUAUCUGGUUCGACUUUUGGCUCAAUAUUCUCAGCGAGAUUAAAUACAGGAUUCAGUGCGCUGGCUGGUGGAAGAAGAUUAGAGAAUGCCGAUUCGUGCGCACCUUAAAUUGGUGUUGGAAGGCACCCAAGCGAUGGCUGUUUGACGAUGUAACCAGAGCUUGACAACGCUUUUAAACAGCACCUUGAUAAUAAGAGAUUUUUCUGUGACAAAAUUAGCUCCCUUGGAAACUUAGCCUGCACGAAACCGAAAUCCAUCUAAGCUCACUCACCAGCUACUGCUCGGGGAAAGCGACCGCACCCCUCCCUCGACGAGAGGAAUUCUUCUUGGAAGGAUCAAAGACUGGACAGGAGAAAAAGGCGGAAAUAGAGCAAAGGAUCAAUAACCAAUAAACCAUGCACGUUUACUCUUACCAAGGAUCAAUCGGCUUGGAGAGAGAGCUUUGGAUAUAAAGUGAGGUGUUAUAGGACGCGAAUGGAAGGGAAGCAGGGAAGAAUUGGCUACCUUUACCGGUGCGUUGCUCACAAGAAAUACAGCAGUAUGGCAAGAGUUAAUCUUUGGUAUUUUUACAAAGGAUGGUCGACAGCGAACAUCGCAUGUACAUGAUUAUUAUGUACCAGUCUCCCUACCAAUCUAAAAAAAAUAGGCAGUCGAUGACUGCAUGUAACUUACUACACCUGUUAUUACUUAGAAUACCGUAUUUAACCGCCCUGAAACGACACUAGA